AUGACUUACGGUGCCUUCUCGGGGGGCUGCGCCGCUCGCACCACAGCUGACCCCAUCGGGCUCUACCUCCAGACGGCUCCGAAGUGGACCAGCCCGCUGUCCACUACCGCCCUGAUUUCCGCUUCUUGUUACAGGAGCAUCAUAUUCUACAGAUCUCAGACUGCUAAUCUGAAGAUCUGGGUGACUCGGGUACGCAGGGACGUCACUCCCCAAUGGCGUCAUAUACCACCCUACGCUUUCGAUGUAGUAAAUGAAGCCUCGGAUACCGCCCCCGGAGUGGGGACUGCUCCUGGGGGAAGACCGGCACAGGACCUAGCGGAGGAAGGUGAAGCAAGUGGCGCCUCCCCGCGAACCGGAACCACAAGGCCAAGCAACCCAAGAGGAAACACGCAGGGUCUUAGCUUGGAUCCGACCGAGGACGAGGAAUCUGAACCGGCGGAUCCCGCUCAUUCCCAGAGGAGGGGAAGGCAGCGUUGGACCAGAGACAUGAAUCUGAGUCUUAUCAACGCCUAUUUCCAAGGUACAGAAGGAGAGACCAAGACCCAAAAAUACGUCGCAAAACUGGCAGAAAAAUGGUUCGAGUUACAUCCAGAUAAACCAUUCAGUGGAAAACAUCUGGUGGCACAAGUGAGAAACAUUAAGAUCAGGAAACUACUGGCUCCUGACGAGCUUAAUGUUAUCAAAGCCGAAACAUUAAUCCAAUCUCCAGCAAACAGACUGAGAAACAUAAGAAAAAGCAUACAGGCAACAACUAACACACCGCGUCGAGAACUGAACAUGGAGGAACAGGAAACACAAACAGAGCCACAACAGAAUGAAUCCUCCCUUCAGAUACUGGAGGUAUAUGAAGAAAUAAACAUAAAAUGGAGGGGAUUACCGCUGGAGAAAAGACCGAAAAUCCAGAAAAUUCAACUAAAUACUGCAGCCAAGAACUCCAUCAGAGCGAUCGACUCGGCCUUGAGAGAAAUCAUCCAAAACGCAAUUAACUUUGAAGACCUGUGUCAUAAGGUUUAUUGUGCAGCUAUCACCGCGAACCUUAUUCUACAAACAGAAAAAAAGGGAAGAGAGCAGAACCAACAACCUCGGAAACCACCAUGGGAGGAGCGCCUGGAAAAACGAAUAGCAUCACUCAGAAAGGAGAUAAGCAUUAUUCAUCUUUACAUGAAUAAUGAAAAAGUGAGCAAUAGGGUACAUAGGAAACUGAGGGAGUACAUAAGAAAAAUUAAGUUGAAGGAACGGGAUGCACACUAUAAAACUAAAUUACGGACGCACCUCGAAAAACUCAAGCAAAAAAUUGCUGCUUUAGGAAAUCGCCUGAGGAGGUAUCAUAAGAGGACCCAGAGAUAUCAACAAAACAACCAGUUCACCAACAAUCAAAAAAUGUUCUUCAGGAAAAUAGAUCAAAAAAACUAUGGAAAAAAUGAAAAACUCCCAAACCCAAAAAAAAUGAAAGAGCACUGGUCUUCCUUAUGGUCAGCAGAGAAGGAACACAACCGGACGGCCCCAUGGAUUGAAAUCGAAAGGAAGGCACAACAACAUUUACAAGAGAUGCCCAAAGUGACGGUGAGCGAGAACGAUGUCAAAGAAACAACCAGAAGGAUGAAGAACUGGGUGUCCCCUGGCAUAGAUGGAAUCCACAAUUACUGGUUCAAAGCUUUAACAUCUGCUCACAAGGCUAUGGCGCGACUUAUAGAGGAAGCAUUAGAAAACCCUGAGAUCAUCCCAUCUUACUUUACAAAGGGGAAAACUUUCAUGGUGCCAAAGAAGGGAGACUUAGCACAACCUGAAAAUUAUAGGCCUAUCACAUGCCUACCUUCUGCCUAUAAGAUAUUAACAUCCACGCUAGCCCACAAAAUUAACACACACCUCAAAAGCAACAACAUAAUGGCCUGGGAGCAGAAUGGUUGCAAAAGCAAGAGUCGGGGCAGCAAAGAACUCCUGGUUAUAGACAGAGCAAUCACGAAACAGGCAAAGAAGAAAAACAAAAACAUAGCCGUCGCCUGGAUAGACUACCAAAAGGCAUAUGACUCUGUCCCACACUCGUGGCUGAUCGAAAUAUUGGAAAUCUACAAGAUAGAUAGGAGGGUGAUAAACAUGCUAAAAUUCUUGAUGAAUACAUGGAGGACAACUUUAUCAGUGAGCGAGGGUAAAGAGACCUACGAAACAUCUGAAAUAUUAAUCAGAAGAGGCAUCUUUCAGGGGGAUGGACUGAGCCCGCCCUGGUUCUGCUUGGCGCUCAAUAUUCUAAGUAGUAUGCUCAAUAGAUCAGCAUACGGAUACGCCAUCGAUGCUCGAACAAAACUGACGCACCUUUUCUAUAUGGACGACUUGAAGCUCUACGCAAGGGGACGAACACAGCUGGAGGGGGAGUUGGAACUGGUUAGGAGCUUUAGUGAGGACAUAGGUAUGACACUAGGGCUAGAAAAAUGCGCGACUAUAACAGUUAAAAGAGGGAAGAUGGUGGUAGAGGAGAACAUGAGGCUAAGGGAUGGUAGAGAAAUAAAUAAUCUAAGCACUGAGGAAACAUAUAAAUAUUUAGGUAUACAACAAUCAUUUGAAAUCAGACAAACAGAGAAUAAAGAACAAGCAAAAACAGAAUUACUUAGGAGGGUAAAAUUAAUCUUGAAAACACAGCUGUCCUCUAAAAACAAAAUAAGGGCCAUAAACAUCUGGACUAUUCCGUCGUUCACGUACACAGUAGGAACACUCGCUUGGUCUAAAACGGACCUGCAACUAAUAGAUAGGAAAAUAAGAACCACAUUGACCCAGUUCGGCCUACUGCAUCCUAACUCUGCUGUUGAAAGAAUAUACUUACCCAGAAAAGAGGGAGGUCGAGGCUUGUGUUCCAUCGAAGAUACCUGUAAACAAGAAAAAAAUAAUAUCAAAAAUUAUUUCAAUAACACAAACUUACCAAUACAUCAAUGGGUAGCAGCACAGGAAAGUAUGACACAGGAAACGAACGAUGAUGAACAGGAUAGAGAAAACCAUGCAGAACAACUCAGACAAAGCUGGCAAAGUAAACAACUGCACGGCAGGUUCUACGCAAACCUGCACCAGGAAGACGUAGACAUAGCAGCCUCCAAUACCUACCUGACUCAAGGUUACCUCUUUCCACAAACAGAAGGAACGAUCUUCGCUAUUCAGGACCAAGUGAUACCAACCCGAAAUUACAGUAAACACAUCAUGAAACAACAAGUAGAAAACACCAAAUGUCGACUGUGCAAUAACGCUGAGGAAACCACACAACAUCUACUAGCAGGAUGCUCAGCAGUAGCCAGCACAAGAUACCUAACACGACAUGAUAACAUGGGAAAGGUGGUACAUCAACUCAUGUGCCUGAAAAAGAACCUCAUACAACACUUCACGCCGCACCAUCUCUAUGUUCCGGAAGCAGUUGUGGAAAACGACGAAGCGAAGAUAUACUGGGACCUCACGAUACUGACUGAUCUGGGAGCGGAGCACAAUAGGCCGGAUAUGGUGGUGAUGAAUAAAAAAACUAAAACGGCAACAAUUAUCGACUUUGCGGUACCACUAGACCAGAAUAUGGGAAAGACCUAUGCGGAAAAGAUAAGGAAAUAUGAAAUGUUGGCAAGGCAGAUAAGAGAUAUGUGGAGGCUAAAAAAAGUUGAAAUAAUACCAUUGAUUAUAAGUGCCAAUGGACUUGUGCUUAAAAGAACCGUUCAACAUCUGAAAGAAUUAGAACUGCACCCUAAUACUAUCUCAUGGAUGCAGAAGGCGGUAUUGUUGGGGACAGUCAAUAUCAUCCGACAGGUCAUCUUUCCUCACUAA